AUGAUGAUCGGCUCCUCGGAUUGUGCAGUCGAUUUUCCUCCCCGUCGCCCCUCCUCCCCAUCGCUUUUCCUCAUCGUCGCCCCUACUCCCCGUCGACCCUCCUCCCCAUCUCGUUUCCUCCUCGUCGCGCCUCCUCCCCGUCGACUCUCAGCCCCCACGCCUCCCCCACUUUCGCCUCCCUCACCGUCGCCGCUCCCACUGUCACCUUCCCCACUGUCGCCUCUCCUCCCCGUCGACUCCUCCACCGUCGCCGCCCCCACCGUUGCCUUCCCUACCGUCGCCUUUCCUGCCCGUCGCCUCCCUCACCCUCGCUCCUCCCCGUCGUUUCCCCCACCGUCGCUCCUCCCCGUCGUUUCCCCCAUCGUCGCUCCUCCCCGUCGCUUCCCCCAUCGCCACUCCUCCCCGUCGCCUCUCAUCCCCGACGCCUCCGCCCCUUCACGCAUCCUCUCCGUCGCCUCUCCUCCGCAUCAUUCACGACGGGUGAGUUUUUGGGUGAGAGUGAGUGGAGGGGUGAGUGUGUGUGAGUGCGGGGGUGGAGUGAGUGCGGAGGUGAGAGUGAGUGCGGAGGUGAGUGUGACUGCUCGGGUGAGUGUGAGUGCGCAGGUGAAUGUGAGUGCGUGGGUGAGUGUGGGUGCGGUGGUGAGUGUGAGUGCGUAG